AUGAUGAACGACCUUAAAGUUUUGAGCUUCAAAGUUGUAACUAUGAAUAAAUGGGAGAAUAAAGGCAUGGAAAAAGUAUUGCUAACCAAUUCACAUUCCAAUUCAAUUCCUUUUUAUGUUACAAACUUAGUUGCUACAAAAUUAUUGACAUUAUCUGCAUUCCAAUUUCUUCUACAUGUGAUUCAAAUUCAGAACAAGGAAACAACAUUUCAAUAUUUCUCACUGAGUUCUGAUUCAGAGCCCUGA